AUGAUAAUUUCCUGUACUAUUCCAGUGUUCUUCCUACAGCAAGUGGACAAUUCUAAUAGCAAGAAUAACAUCAAAGAAAUUGGAGACGCUGAUCUACACAAGUGUUUAAAGAAUCAAAAGUGGAAUGGUCUCUUUUUAAAGUAUUCAGAGCAGUGUUUUGCUUGUGAAGAUAUCAUGUUUUGGAAUGCUGUAGAGCAAUUCAAGAGUGUUACAGCAGAGAGGCUCAAGAGAGAACUCUUCUACAACAUCUACAGGACCUAUAUUAGAAUUGGAGCACCACUAGAGUUGAAUAUUGCACGAAGAGAGUUUGGAAUACCAGAAAUUGAAAGUCAAUUUAAUGUUCUAUGCAAGCAAGUAUCCUAUCAUCAUGAAACUUUAUCAGUUGUAGGGAAAUCCAAUAAUAAUAAUAAUAAUAAUAAUCAUCAAAUGGGAAUGUCCAAGUCGAGAUAUGUAGACUUGUCCAGCAGUGAGAAUAUUAGUGUGAGGAGUGAUAUCUUUGAUCAAGUACAAUUAGGUUGCGAGCACAAUAUGAGAGACAACUUUUAUAGAUUUAACUUGACUCAUAGUGAAAUGUCUGCUAAAUUGGUGCGCAGAGGGUUGGUGCAUAAUGAUGAUAAUGAAGGUGUCCUGUUCAACCCGGUUGAAUAA